UCAGAUUAGAUUUUCCGGAAAAAAAACGAAUUGCCUGAAGGUAUACGGACCAAAAAUGAAACGGUCCACGCCUUUACUCGAAGCACUCACCAUCGCCGAACAGAGUGCUUUGUACAUGAAGUGUAGCGGCGUCUUGAAGCAUGAAAUGAUUCUUUACAUUCAGUGAAUGAGCUGCUUCCCCGCUGUGAACUGCUCAGCUCAUGGUCUGCUUUCCACCUGUUUGUGUGCAUUAAUGAUGCACUACUCCAACUGGCUCAUUGACCUGAAGAACAGAGCAAGCCUGAGAAAUGCAUGCAGGACAACCUCUGACACGGACUGGAUCCACAGUGGGCGGAUCCACAGUGUGGAGAGCCACAACAUCAACCUGCAGCCUAAUGAGAAAACCUCAGAGAUUGUGAUCACCACCCACCUCUGGAGAAAAGGUUACAAGAUAAUCAAGAAAAUCGGAGAGGGCACUUUUUCAGAGGUGCUGAAAACUCAGAGCACUAAAGAUGGGAAGUUUUACGCGUGUAAAACAAUGAAGCAAACGAUUAACAGUCUGGAACAGGCCAACAACCUGCGGGAAGUCCAAGCCUUAAAGAUGCUGAGCCCCCAUGCAAACAUCAUCCAGCUGCACGAGCUGAUCUAUGACAAAGGAACAGGGACAGUGUCUUUGAUAUGUGAACUGAUGGAGAUGAACAUCUAUGAACUGAUACAAGGAAGAAAAUUCCCCCUGCCUGAGCAGACAGUCAGAAGCUACAUGUACCAACUCUGCAAAUCCCUGGACCACAUGCACAGCUGUGGGAUCUUUCACAGAGACAUAAAACCUGAAAAUAUUCUCAUAAAACAAAACGUUUUGAAGCUCGCAGACUUCGGCUCCUGUCGAAGCGUGUUCUCCAAACCGCCUCACACGGAGUACAUUUCCACGCGUUGGUACCGGGCCCCCGAGUGCCUCCUUACGGAUGGAUACUACAGCCUGAAGAUGGACAUCUGGAGCGCCGGCUGCGUCUUCUUUGAGAUCAUGAGCUUAAACCCUCUCUUCCCCGGAGCCAACGAGUUGGAUCAGGUGGCCAAGAUCCACAAUGUGUUGGGGACACCGGAUCUAAGCCUGCUACAAAAGUUCAAGCAGUCUAGAGCGAUGCAUUUCGACUUCACUCCGAGGAAAGGAAGCGGCAUCUCCCGGCUGCUGCCUAGCUGCCCGGCUCCGGCUCUGUCGUUGCUUUAUCAGAUGCUCGCCUACGAUCCAGAUGAACGCAUCAGUGCAGAAACAGCCCUGAGGCACACUUACUUUAGGGAAAUCAGGAUGGGAGACAAGAAUUCAGACACUCUUCAGAGAGUUUCUGAGAAUUUGGUGGGGACGCAAAGAUCGUCUCAGCCAGUCUGGCGACCGCCCAGACCGGGCAAACAACUGAGAGGAAGACACUCCAGAUUGACACCUUUAAUAAACCACAACAUGAAGCGAGCAGGAGACCCGCUCAGCCGGACGAACGCCCCCCAUCCAGUGGAGCAACCCAGGACCAACAUGGCCGCUCACGGACCCCAGCUGUCAUUCCCAUUCUGCACCAUGCCUGCAAUAAGCCGCGCCCACAGAGGAACGCUGCCACCCAUCAUGCCAAAAAAGUGCCAGUCACAGGAGCUCAAGCCCCAGGAGGAGCCGUCUAGCACAGCCUUGAAGACCUUCUGCCUCCCACCUAUAGAGAAGAAACCUGAGAGCAGCAAAUGCACAAUAAUGGGAUCAAACCGGACAGACAUGAAGAACUGAGUCUGGAAAACGUGGAAAAACGUCUCAAACAGCCGAGUUGGAAAAAACAAAAGCAACAAACGACCAUAAAAACUGCUAAUCUGCUCAAUAAAUGUCAAGAGACGAAAGUACCACAAUGAAAACCUGAAGCAGCAGUCAAUUAUUAAAAUGCUGUGGAAAAAUUUUUCCACCUGAUUUGUUUUUGCUUUGUUGAAUGUUUAAGAUUAAACUCAUUUUAAUUAUGAA